CUUCUUGUCUCUGACUCCGCAGCAAACAUGGCAGACUAUGAGAGCGCGACAUCGUUUCUGGGGGAGUGGGGUCCCUUCCAGCGGCGGGUGUUUCUCCUGCUCUGCCUCAUCGUCGUCCCCAACGGCCUCAGCCCAUUCGCGGUGGUCUUCUUCGCGGACACGCCGCCUCACAGCUGCGUCAUCCCGGCGCGCCUCAACCUGACGGCGGCGUGGAGGAACUCCAGCAUCCCGCUGGUGGCGGCGCAGGACGGGCGUCUGGUGCCGAGCCAGUGCUCCCGGUACAGAGUCGGGGACCUGCAGGAGUUUUCCCAGAGGGGUCUGGUGCCGUGGGUCGACGUCAACCUCACCCAGCUUCCGCGAGAAGGAUGUCUGGACGGAUGGGAGUACGACAGGAGCGUCUACGUCGCCACCAUCGUCUCCGAGUGGGACCUGGUGUGCGACGACGGAUGGAAGAAACCCAUGACCUCCUCGCUCUUCUUCAGCGGCAUCCUCGUCGGCUCCUUUUGCUCCGGACAGCUUUCCGACAGGUACGGCCGUAAAAAAGUGCUGUUCGUUGCCAAGGGGAUGCAAACACUCCUGAUGUUCAUCCAGACCUUUUCUUCGUCCUGGACCAUGUUCUGCGCCCUGCACUUUCUAGUGGGGAUCGUGCAGAUCUCUAACUACAUUUCUGCGUUUGUGUUAGGGACGGAGAUUCUCGGGCCGCAGAUGCGCUUCCUGUUCUCGACGGCGGGAGCCAAUAUUUUCUUCGCGCUGGGCUACAUGCUGUUGCCGCUCAUGGCAUUCUACACCAGGGACUGGAGGAAUCUCCUUCUCUGCAUUUCCCUGCCGACCCUCGUCUAUAUCCCCUUCUGGUGGUUGAUUCCAGAGUCGCCACGCUGGCUGGUCUCGCAGGGGAAGGUGGAAAUGGCGGAAGCCAUCAUCAAAAAUGCAGCUCGCAAAAACAAACUUGAAUCUCCGCAAACCAUCUUCACGGCGUGCGAGAAAGAGGUCCAGUCUGCGCCGAGGAAGAAUCACAACAUGUGCGACCUGCUGCGAUCAAGGAACAUGCGCUGGCUCUCCGUCACGCUGUGGCUGGUCUGGAUCAACAUGAACAUCGGCUACUUCGCAUUGUCCCUGAACACGUCCAACUUGGCCGGGGACAUGUACUUCAACUGCUUCCUGUCUGCGCUGGUGGAGGUGCCCGCCUACAUCCUGUCCUGGGUCCUGUUCCGCUGGUGUCCCAGGCGACUGACCCUCUGCCCGACCUUCUUCCUGGGAGGACUUUGCCUUUUCGUUAUCCAGCUGAUCCCAGCAAAUCUGCAUGCUGUGGGGAUAACUCUGGAGAUGAUGGGGAAGUUCUGCUUGACGGUGGUCUUCUCCAUCAUCUACGCGUACACAACCGAACUCUACCCGACUGUGCUGAGGAACUCGGCGCUGGGCGCUUGCUCCAUGGCUGCCAGGAUCGGUGCCAUCGUGGCGCCAUAUUUCAUUUUCCUGAGGAGCUAUUCUGUGUCGCUGCCUUACAUCCUGAUGGCAAGCCUCUCCGUUCUAUCCGGAGUUCUCAGUCUCCUGCUGCCGGAGAGCUUCGGAAUUCCGCUGCCAGACGACCCCGAUGACGUGCAGCCGUUUCCCGGAUGUUGCCGGAAGAAUUACUCGCACGCACGGACCACAGAAGAGGAAACUAUUCCAGGAAAACAAGUGCCGGAAAGCCUCUCGAAACUUCAGGAAAAUAAUAGUGAUGGACUCGCUGAAGCAGUUUCGUUUUCACCAUUCAAAUAGUUUUUAUUCACAUGAAUCAUUCAGCUAUAUUCUUUUAGAGUGACGGUGACUGAGGCUUGACGUGUGACGCAGUGCGUCUCUCUACUGACGCCUACCGGAGCCAAAUGUUCAUUCACACUUGCUCAAACAGUGCCCUCGUGCGGUGAGAAAUAUAUUGCAACUUCCCAUGAGCACGGAUUUUUUUGGUGAGAAACGAGGGGAUCGUAACCGCACCUCUCAUACGGAGUCAGCACAUGCAACAGUGCUGAGAUUCUCACUGUCCCCGGGAUACAUUGGAAUGCAAAACGGCAUGUUGGGAGGCAUCAGGGGCGACUGUUCACUGUCCUCAACCAGUUCUCUUUUUAAAAGCGAAUGUAAAAUUCUCUGACGUUUCUCAGCGCACUCAUGUUCUGUUGCGCCAAAAACGGCAGUGAUGUGAAAGCGCUCAAAAUAAUUGAAUACAUUCAUAAAAUAAAAUUUAAAAAACAGAAAAAUAAAUAACACAAUUAAAGAGAAUAAAUUGUCUAUUUUUGUCACAAUGAAAAUGAAUGAUUGAAAAACUUCUGCCAAAACAAAGGGAAAGAAGUAAUUGAGUGGAAAAUAGUUUCGAAUGUAAAAAUGCAAUUACAGUUCCGCAGAAACAUGGCAUCAUCGAGGAACUGAACUGGACAAUCCCACUUCUGAUACCGUUUCUAUAUUUUGUUCUCAAGCCGCCGUGGUCCAGUUCGGGGGGGCGUGGGACCGGUGUGUUUUUGUGCGUCUGCAGGGGAAGUUGAUGCUGCGAACACGAGAGAGGAAGAAGCACGUGAGGAAACCAUUCGCACCCGAUAACAACAAACGCCAUCGUGGCUCCACCUUUUCCUUCGUGCCAUCUGCUCCACCGUGUCCGGCAGCGGCCUCCCGUAAGUCUCAGGGAGGAAGAGCGUGGCCGCCGCAGACACCAUGGACAGAGUCCCCAAAAUA